AAACAAGAAAAUCCAAAACUGAAGCCCCGUAUCUUUCUACUCAAACUCAGUGAACGCCAUUGAUGAAUUCCCAAUUCAGCGCCUACACCUAAAUUACAAUGGACUACAAUUACAACACAUGGGCCGGCAUACCACCAAACCCGACCCUAUACCCGAAUCCUUCAUCACAACCGGAUCCUUAUUCUUAUCAAUCUGUGCCUCAAAACCCUAACCCUAAUUCAUUUACACUCAGUUAUGGCCACACAAAUGGUCCUACUGGGGAGGCAGCGACGGUAUAUUAUCAGGACCCUAAUGUGGUGCGGCUUUUGGGGGCAAAUGAACCUUACAGGUUUGGUGAGGUAGCUGCGGUGUCCCUAAAUGGAGCAGAGAAAUUGACCCCUGCAAAUGUAAAUUCCAACUUUUCCAUCCAACCUCUGAGAAGUGGGUCUUGGGGAAGAGGCCAAAAGAGAAGUAAGAUACAGCCUGUAUGGUGUGAUGUUUGCAAACUUGAAUUUAACAGCAAAACUGUUCUUGACCAACAUAAAUUAGGGAAAAGACACAAAAAAAGUUUGGAGAAAUUAAAAGGAGGCAGUGUUAUCACCGCGACUACUUCUGCCCCUCUUGUUGCUUCUGCGGUGUCAGAUAACCCAUUCAUUGGACUGCAAAAGAAGCCUAACGAGGUCAAUUCAGUAAAUGGACAAGAUGCAGGGGAGAAGGCCAUUGAACUGGUGGAGAAUUUGGAGGCAAAGAGGCAAAAAGUUUUGGAAGGAGGAGCAGCCACAGACGAGGUCCGUAUUUGUCCCGCUUGCAGCGUGGUUUGCAACAGUGAGACUGUUUUCAAAGCUCAUCUCACAGGUAAAAAGCACAUUGCUAACAUAACAAAGCAAGAGAAGUUUUCUGCUGCUUCUGCAUCUCUUGUUCCUCCAGAGGUGUCAGUUAACACAUUUAUUGGACCACAAGAGAAGCCUAACAUAGUAAAUUCUGGAAACGGGCAAGAUGCAAUAAAGAAGGCAGCUGAGCUGAUUGAGAAUUUGGAAGCCAAGACGCAAAAAGUUUUGGAAGGAGGAGCAGCCACAAAUGAGGUCCGUAAGUGUCUUGUAUGUAAGGUGGUUUGCAACAGUGAGACUGUUUUCAGACAUCAUCUAGCUGGUAAAAAGCACAUAGCUAAUAUGAAAAAGCAAGCAUCUGGAGCUGGAGUAGCCCCUGUCAAUUAGAAUGGGAAUUUUGAGGAGAUGGCGCUUGUUCAUGUUUCUUACAGUUUUAGGACUAGUUUACUGUAAAUGAUAUUAUAUGCAAUAUGUUUGAUAGUAAUUCCUUGCUUGAAGCCAAUAAAUUUCGCGAAACAACAGGGUCGUAUCAGCUCUAUCAAAAUAAGUGGUCACUAAUUUGGCAAUUGGCUGAUUAAGCCAGAACACGAAGACCAAGUUUUUU